UUCAAAGACUCAGAUAUUGUUGUGUCAGGUGAAAUCAAAGAAGGCUCACAGUAUCACUUCUACAUAGAAAAUCCGGUGUCUGUAGCAGUUCCAUCUGAAGAUGGUAUUGACCUUUAUGCUGCUACACAAUGGGCAGCCCAUACCCAUAGAGCUGCAACUAAUAUAAUAGGCAAGCCAUUCAAUUACAUCAAUGUGAUCGCAGGUAGAAUUGGAGGUGGAUUUGGAGGCAAAUUUUUCUACUCCUGCAGUAUGUCUGCUGCUGCAACUUUAGCAUGCUACAUCACCAAAAGGCCUGUCCGCUUCAGCAUAGAUUUGGCUACAAACAUGAAAGUAGCUGGGAGGAGGUUUCCGAUUUUGGCCAAAUAUAAGGCUGGCUUGAACAGAGAAGGAAAAAUGAAUGUGAUUGAUCUUGAUAUAUACACAGAUAGUGGUUUCCAUCCUUCAUUUAUUAUUGGACGGUUGCCUCAGACACUUGACCAAGGUUACCACAUCCCCAACUGGCAUGUUGUUACCACACUUGUCCGCACCAACAAAGCCACAGCACAAGCUUGUCGUGGACCAGGGGCUGUGCCAGCUUCCCUGAUCAUAGAAAGUAUCCUUGAACAUGCUGCAAAAGAAGUCAGAAUGCACCCAAUUCUUUUUAAAGAGAUACAUUUGUAUGAGAAGGGCCAGACAGACUUAGAGAGUAUUCAGCUAACACACUGUACCAUCAGAGAUGUGUGGCAGAGACUUAAGCAAAUAGCUGAAGUCACUGAGAGGAUAAAGCAAACAGAUCAAUUCAAUCUGAACAACAAGUGGCGUAAGCGAGGUAUUACCAUGUGUGCUGUUAAAUUCAGAAUCCUUUACUAUCCUCCUGGCCAUGAGGUCAAUAUUUCUGUGUUUGCUGAUGAUGGGACAGUCACUUUGAUGACCUCAGGAGUAGAUAUGGGGCAAGGACUUUAUACAAAGGUCUCCCAAACUGUUGCCAGGACACUGAAAGUCCCACUGAAUUACAUCAAAGUACGACCUCUACAGAACAACACCAUACCUAACCCGAAUUUCACUGGAGCAAGCUUUGCCACUGAUACCUGUGUUUCUGCAGCCAUCAACGCUUGCAGAGAAUUGAAUGAGAAACUUGAGCCAUUAAGGGCUAAGAUGCCAGAUGCUGACUGGCCAACUUUACUUAAAAUGUGUCAUUUUAGUAAUAUUGACCUGUCAGCUCGAGCUAAAUCUGACAAGAUAAACGAUAUGUUUCAAUACCACACAUACUGUGCUGCUGUUGUUGAGACUGAGGUUGAUGUCCUGACAGGGGAAUACCAGGUCAAGAGAGUUGACAUAAUGGCUGAAAUUGGAGAGAGUAUCAACCCAGCUAUUGACAUUGGUCAAGUAGAGGGAGCUUUUACCAUGGGCCUUGGCGCAUACUUGUCAGAGGACCUUCAUUUUGACAAGAAAACUGGCCAGGUCCUUAAUGAUGGCACAUGGGAAUACAAACCUCCCACAACAAAAGACAUCCCCAUAGACUGGAGGAUCCACUUCAUGCCUGACACACCCAACCCUGUUGGAGUCCUCAAUUCUAAAGCUGUGGGAGAACCUCCCAUUAGUCUGGCUGUUGGAGCUCUUCUUUCUAUCAAGAGUGGAGUGGAGGCAGUCAGAGAAGAGUUGACUGGUGAAAGAUCUUUUAUCCCUGUUGAGGCCCCAUACACAGUGGAGAAGGUCCAGCUUAGCACUGGUAUCAACUUGGAACAUUUGCGAGUCUAGCUGGAAAUUUCAGUUUCAUCUCAAAUCUUGGGUUUCAAUACAUAAGUAGAAAUACUGAGACAAAAUUUAGUUUUGUUAAGAUUACAGCUUUCAUUUAAUCUCACUCAUUCUAUUUAUAUUGUUAUUUUUACUUUCAAACUGCACUUCAUAUAUUUUUACCUUAUAUCUUGUUGAUGGUUAGCUUAUAAAAACCAUAUAUUUUAUUUCCCAUAAUUUUAUUUUAAAAAAGUAUUCCCUAUGAAAAAUAUAUUUAAAAUCUACUUUUUGAAUAAAAUUUAUUAGCAUUUUUAUUAUUAUAUCAAUUGUAUUGUCAACUAAUGCUAAUUAACACUUCUAAACCCAUUUUUAAAAAAUGUCUUCUGUUAUGUAAAUUUUCGUUAUAUUUUAUCAGAAAUAAAAAUUAGAAGUAGGUCAAAGUUAAGUUAAAAGAUUUGCCACAUCCCAGAAGCAAACAAAAAAAACCAAACAAAAUGACAUUGUGAUCUAAAUAAAAGAUUAAAAUAAAAUAUAAAAUAAAACGCGUGUGAAUUUCAUUGCAGAAUGUUCUAUUUUAUUACAUUUAAUUGAUUUUUUAAAUUUUAUAAUACAACAAUUACCAAACUUUUCUUAAUGUGCAACGUAUUCUAAUAAACAUAACACAGUAUUUUUGUUAGCAGAAAAUAUCGUGAGCUUAGUCUGACUCGAAGUUAAACUUUAAUUGAAGGUUACGCGACUUUGCAAAGAU